AUGCAGAUGCAGGAUCCUCCGCCGCUGACGGGGGAAACCCCAGACCGUGGAUCGAUUGCUCCAAUCUGCAAUCCAAAGGGCUCACCCUGCCAGCAAGAUGAUGAUUCUCAAAGUGACUGUGUCGAAGUGAUACGAUCGUUGGGCGACCUUCCAGAGGAUAUCUGUCGACGUAUUCAUGCCCGAAUGCCACUGCGAGAUGCUGCCCGCUUGGCUUGUGUAUCACGCAAAUUUUGGAGAUCAUGGAGAUGCUAUCCCAAGCUUGACUUGCGUCAGGAAACACUAGGUUUAAAUGGAGAUCUCAUCAGUAAAGUUGACAGUAUUCUGAAAAAUCACUCGGGCGUUGGCUUGAAGGAACUAAAUAUUGAACUUUCUAGCUGUGACAAGGUUGAUUCUUGUUAUAUCAGUAGUUGGCUUCGUAUUGCUGUUACAGCAGGAAUUGAAGAACUCAGCCUUUUUCUGCCUCAUAUUCCUGAGGAAGAAGAAAACUAUUUCCCAUGCUCACCUUUACUUAAUGGGAGUGAAAACUCAAUUUGGUAUCUUGACAUAGGCAUCUGUGCCUUUCGUCCCACGGCUGGGCUUGGUCAUUGGAGAAGCUUGACAAGGUUAUAUCUGAGUAGUGUGCGGGUUGCUGAUGAUGAGCUAGAGGGCCUUCUUUACAGUUGUGAUGCAUUGGAGCAUUUGGGAGUCCUGAAUUGCCCUGAGAUAGUUUGCCUGAAGAUACCUUGUCUGCUGCAGCGGCUUAGGCUCCUGACAGUGUCUUUAUGCAGAAAUCUAUGAUCAGUACACCAAUGCUACCUAGCAAAUUCCUCUGCCUCAAGUACUUGCAUAUUUCUCUAAUUGGAGAUGAGGCUAUUUCACCAGCUUAUGAUUACCUUUCUCUGGUUUCUUUUCUUGAAGCUUCUCCUUGCCUGGAGACAUUCAUCUUGGAAGUGCGGCAGCCUUACAUGAAGCAUGAUUCAGUUGUCGAGGAUUCCUCACACCUAAGGUGGCUACCACAGCAGCGUCACAACAGCCUAAAGAGUGUGACAAUCGUCGGCUUCUGCUCCGCAAAGAGCUUGGUCGAGUUGACAUGCCACAUUGUUGAGAAUGCGACAUCGCUCGAGCGCCUCACGUUAGACACCACUCAUGGUUGUCAGAGUUCUGGUGGGUGUAGCGUCGAUAAACCUAACAGAUGGUUCUAUGCAGAGAGGGGUAUCCUCAUGGCGGCCCCGCCUGACCGAUGCCUCCCUAUGGGGGAGGAUAUCCUCAUGGAGUCUCACAGGGCGCGUUUGGCUAUCAGAAGACAUGUCGAACGGCAAGUUCCCUCUGGAGUCGUGUUAAAAGUCGUCGAGCCUUGCAGUCGGUGCAUAAUGUUGAACUUUUAGAUGCCUAAUUAGCAUCAUGCCAAACUGUACUGUUUAUGAUGCAUUAUUUCGAACUAUCAGAAUUGCUCAACGAUAGUUGUGUGAGAUUUCA